AUGGAGCACCUCUCCAUAGAAGACCCCUCCCACCAGGGCCAGCCGGUCCUGGGCGGCGGCGUCCCUCCCCCGCAACAGCAGCAGCAGCAGCAGCAGCAGCUGCCGCCGCAAAUGUUCACGACGGCCGCCCAGCUCCUCGACCUCACCGACAAAAAGCUCAUGGUCGCUCUGCGCGACGGCCGCAAGCUCAUCGGUGUUCUACGCAGCUGGGACCAAUUCGGUAUGCCUCUCCCCCCUCUCCCCCCUUCCAAGUCUUCGCAUUCCCGCACUUUGCACGCCAUGAAGCCGAGGAGACACCCCUCGUCUGCCAGAGGACGGACCCUGACAGACCACGCAACGCAGCAACCUCGUUCUCCAGACACAGUCGAGCGCGUCUUCGCCCCCGCACCCGUCGCCGCCGCGCAGCGGUGCCACGCGACGACGCCGUCACCAGACCAGCAGCCGCGCGGCGGCCUCUACGCCGACAUCAAGCGCGGCGUCUUCCUCGUGCGCGGCGAGAACGUGCUGCUCCUCGGCGAGAUUGACCUCGACAAGGACGACGACCCGCCGCCGGGCUACGAGCUCGGCGAGCCCGAGGUCGUGCACCGCCUCGCCGAGGGGCGCAAGGACGCCGACAAGGGCAAGGAGAAGGCGAGGCUGCGCAAGCUGGCGCGGAGCGGGGUUUGA